AUGUCGCAAGACGGUGGACACCAACCAUUGGACUCCCUCCGUGAUGGGAUGGAUGCUUCCGCCGCUACUAACACCGCCCUUGAGAAUACCCCGUUGCUCUUCGAUCGUCAAAGUCCCGGGUACACGGACCUCGACAACAGUGUCAACACCACCAAGAACAGAAACAGCCCUGGGCCUAGUGAUUCCAACGGUUGCAGGGUUAUCUCUAGGCAUGGACAUGGCGCCGGCGAGGAGCAUGGCGAUGUCGAUGAAGCGUACCAUGCGCGCCAACCAAACCCUCGUCAGGAACAACGGUUGAAUACCACAUCACCUCAAGCAUCGUCGGCAAAGCACCGACUUUGGGACAUCAUCUCCAAGCGACUCGUUUUCCUGCAACGGGAUGAAAGUGAACGGUCGCCUUUGGAAAAGGAUCUGGUGCGGAGGCUGGAUGUCUUUCUCUUGACUUUUGGGUGUAUCUCGCAAGUGAUCAAAUACCUCGACCAAACCAACAUCAGCUCCGCAUACGUCUCUGGCAUGAAAGAAGACUUGCAACUCAACGGCAACGAGUUAAACUACUUCCUCACCUUCUUCAGCAUCUCCUACUGUCUCAUGCUCAUCCCCUCCCAGGUAAUCAUCACAUACGUUCGUCCCAGCUACUGGCUUCCCGGUCUUGAGAUUGGAUGGGGUCUCGUGACCGCUCUCAUUGCCUUCGCCCAGAAUGCUCACCAGGUCUACGCCUUGCGAGUCUUGCUCGGCUUGUUUGAAAGCAGUGCGUGGCCGGGCAUGAUGACCCUUUUCAUGUACUGGUACACUCCCCUAGAACUCGCUAAGCGCAUGGGCUUUUACCAUUCUUGUCAGGCAUUGGGGUCGAUGAUGUCUGGGGCAUUACAGGUUGCGGUGCUUGAGUCUCUCGAAGGAAGAUGGGGACUUAGGGGUUGGCGUUGGCUCUUCAUAAUAAACGGUCUCCUAACCCUCCUGAUCGGAUUCACCGGCUUCUUCCUCAUCCCGGACUACCCCCGCUCCCCCAAUCCACGCUGCCUCAAAGCCCCUCCUCAAACAUUCUCCUCCACAUCAACCCCUUUCCCCCUGAGGUUCGGCUGGCUCACCCCCGCACACAUCCAAGCCGCCGAGGACCGCCUCAAACGACACGGCCGAACCGACUCCAAAAAGAUCACUUGGCGCGCCGCCAAGCGUACCUUUAGGUUAUGGAUCUCCUACUUCAUUCCGGCACUGUAUGUUGCUUCGGUGUUGGCGCCUUAUGGGUACAAUUAUUUCAAUCUCUUCUUGAAGGAGCUAAAAGACAAAGACGGGAGGCCGAGAUGGAGCGUUGAGCAGGUGAAUGCAAUUCCGAUUGCGGGAAAUGGGGUGAAUGUGGUGUUUGUUUGGAUUUGGGCGAUUUUAUCGGAUCUGUUGCAGACUCGGUGGACGCUGUUGGUUGCUCAAGGCGUCAUUGGACUGAUUCCAUGCAUCAUCAUGAGCAUCUGGACCUCUCAUCCAGAUACCACUCCAGUUUCUGCCGCCUACGCCAGUUACUUCAUGACUUAUAUGAGUCUAGGAACAGCGCCGCUGAUUAUUUCUUGGCUGUCUGAUAUACUGCCGCAAGACUCAGAGGCUCGCACCUUGAUAGUCGGGUACUCCAUAGCCGGGGUCUACGCCAUCUUGACCUGGUCACAGGUUCUUAUAUGGCCUGCUUCACAGGCUCCUUACUACCACUAUGCCUGGCAGAUAUCCAUCGUGCUUUGGAUACUCGUCAUCAUCAUGUGUUGGAUGCUGAACAUUAUCGAUGUUCGAAUUCUACUCCCACAACGUCUCGCAGCAAAAAACAGAGCCUCCCGCCAAGGUCUCCUCUCCCCAACCGAGACCCCGGACGCUGAAUCCGAAUAACUACCCUCACCAAACCUACCAGACACACUCACUCACGCCUCAACGGCCUUGACAAUGCCCUUCCCCUCACCCGACUCCAACAACCUCUGCACCACCUCCAAAUCCUUCAGCGCCUCCUCAGGCGUCUGCUCCUUCUCCGUCUGUCCCUUCUCAAUCGCCUUAGCGAACGCCGCCAUCUCCUCCUUAACACCGGUACUCUUCUCAAACUCCUCCGUCUCCUCACCUUCCUUCGUCUUGGUCUUGAUCUGGGUCGGGUUCCAGUAAACGGAUCCCUGGGUCGUGACUACCUCGACCUCGAGUCCGGUCUUGAACUGGGUGCCGAACGAGAUGCUGAUGGUUCCCGACUUUCCGUCGUUGGUCAAAGCAACGGCGUGCACCGUGUCG